AUGGAAUAUUUGAUAAUAUGUCGUAUUUGCAAUUAAAGCAUCAACAUUAAUUUAAUGGAUAUUCAUAAUUAAACUUGUAGACAUAAUGCUGAAUAAAGAAAGAAAUUAGUUUAAUUAAACUUAUAAGUUGCUCGUUUGUGUGAAAAAGCUUAUAUGAAGAAACAUCGAAAUUCAUUUGAAACAAGGAUUAAAAUUGUAAUUGUUAAAAUAUAGUGA